AUGGUGCCCAGGACUGUGGACCCCACGGGGACGUCGCUAAAAUUCCAUACUUCCUCCAAUGCCAAUUUGCACAAGACUCCAACUCUCUACUUUGGGAGUAAUGCACCAUUCCCUCGUUGGCGAGUUGAACCAAGUGGCUUUGGCCUUGGCAAAGACAAUGAGAGAGAUUUAAUCAGAACCCAUCCAGCUAGAACUAUUGUUCGUGGUCUACGGCCAGACUCCCACGCUUUUUCUGGGGAUACGAGAAUCGGUCUCGCCGAGCUUAAGUGGGUAUUUGAUCCAGGAUCAUGGACGUCUUGGGUUAGCAUGAACGGCGCACAGCUUCAUGAUUUUGCCCUGGAGGAACUCGAAAAUGCGCUGCGCGAUCCCAUAAUUCGAGCUCAAUUCCGCAAAUUGAUCUUCAGAGGUCCGUACGCAGCCUCAGUCGCCAAUGUUGCAGACCCAUUGCCGCCGAUGCCACAGCUGCCGACUAAAGCUCGAAUCUUACCUGAACCAGUCAAGGAAGCUUCCCGUCGGAUUGAGAAACGCCAUACUUUCUACCACUCUUACAAGCGUCCAGCUUUGGUCACUCCGAGGCGUGGACGAUCCAAGCCAACAAAGUCAGCUUUAGCUCAUCCUAUCUCCUCGAGGAUAUUUAAAACCAUGAAAGGAACCCAGGGACUUCCCGGACACAUCAGCCAAUCCUUAGAUCCAGAAGCAGCUACCUUGCCACCUGAAAAAUACAAUAGCUUUGAUACUGAGAGCUUGAGUACACCAACUUCUGGUGAAGAAGAAUUGGAUCCCACCGAAUUUCACAAAGCACGGGGGUCGUCACCAGCGCCUCCUGAGCAUGGGCCCAAAACCGCUCGAAUAGUGCACAUUAUUUGA